GCAGACCCACCUCCCGGCCUCGGCGCGUUGGUACACAGGAGCCCGGGUGGCGGGGAACGGGUCCCCGCGGUUCGAGGCAGGGCCCUGAAACGUCCCCGGAGGCCUCCGGCGUCUGCUCCCUGCUGCCACCCGUGUAGCUUUGCCCCGUGGGCGAGCCCUCGAGGCCUGCGUCGUGCCCUCGGCGCCGCCGGCGCUUCAGCGCAGCCUCCAUCUUGGGUGUCAGCAUGGCGAGCACCAGCGGCGCCGAGACCAGAUUCGUUGUGGCAGACAAAUACAAGCUGCUAAGGAAGAUAGGGUCUGGUGGCUUCGGGGACAUUUUCCUGGCUGUUAGCGUCACCGACGGCAAGCAGUGGGCCGUGAAGCUGGAGUCGCAGCACGCCGCGAGCCCCACACUGCGGGAAGAGCACCGACUCUACAAGAUUCUCCAGGGUGGGGUCGGCAUCCCCCGCAUCCAGUGGUAUGGGCAGGAGAGAGACUAUAAUGUGCUCGUCAUGGAUCUCCUGGGACCUAGCCUCGAAGACCUCUUCAACUUGUGUUCCAGAAGGUUCACGCUGAAAACUGUCCUGAUGUUGGCCGACCAGAUGAUCACCAGGCUGGAAUAUGUGCAUACGAAGAACUUCAUACACGGAGACAUUAAGCCCCAUAACUUUCUAAUGGGUACUGAGGGCUCCUGUAGGAAGUGUUUGGAAUCUCCAGCGCGGAGGAGGAAGAGAGGCAGAGCUGCGAGUGCCUCUCGGGACCCCUCCUUCGCGGUACAGGACCAGGUAUUCCUCAUUGAUUUUGGGUUGGCCAAAGCCUACCGAGACAGCAGGACCAAGAAACACAUAGCGUGCAGCGAGGCCAGAGUCUUCAUUGGCACCGCUCAGUAUGCCAGCAUCAAUGCACAUCUCCGGAUGGAGCAGAGUCGCCGAGAUGACAUGGAGUCCUUAGGCUAUGUUUUGAUGUAUUUUAACAGAGGCAGCCUGCCCUGGCAACGAGUAAGGGCUGCAACAGUGAAGCAAGCUUUUGAAAAAAUCCGUGACAAGAAGAUGUCCACGCCCGUUGAAGUUUUAUGCAAGGGGUUCCCUGAAGAGUUUGCCACGUACUUGAAGUAUUGUCGUGGACUGAAGUUUGAGGAAGCCCCGGAUUACACGUAUCUGAGGCAGCUCUUCCGCAACCUUUUCGGGACCCUGAACUACCAGUAUGACUAUGCGUUUGACUGGACAGUGUUAAAGCAGAAAACAACAGCGCAGGCGGCAUCUUGCAGUGUCAGGGCAAGCAGAUCCAGAGCCCCAAAGGCAAGGAAACUGAGAAAACCAAGAGCAACUUAAAAGGUUCGUAAGCGUGAGGCGUGCAACAGCAGCAGCAGAGGAGACCAUAGGAGCGGCAGUGUUUCUCCC